CGGAGAAAAACAGGUGUGUAUGGUAUCAUAUCACUCAUAUGUGGAAUAAGAAAAAAAGGCAGAGUCACAGAAACAGAGUGGAACGGCGGUUGUCAGAGCUGGGCGAUGGUUCUGAGAUGAGAUGCUGUCCCGUGAUGAGCAGCAGUGUGUCCCCUGGUUUGUAUCCUGGAGCCCCUGCUCCAGCUGUGCACAGCGGGUGGCCCAGUUCCUGCAGCAGCACAGGAACGUGACACUGAGCAUCUUCGCCGCCCGCCUCUCGUACUUCUGGGACCCGGCUACCCGGCAGGGGCUUCGCAGGCUGUGUGGCGAGGGGGCCCCGGUGGACAUCAUGUCCCUGCAAGAUUUUGAAUACUGCUGGGACCACUUUGUGAACAAAAAGAAUAAGUCCUUUCACCCUUGGUGGAACCUGGAUCAGAAUUAUAAUUUCCUGGUCGCAGAGCUUGAGGAAAUCAGGCGGCAUGUACACGGGCAUGAAUAGCUACGAGUGUGAGAGUCAGAUGGUUUGAGAAACGUCCUCCAGGACGGACUUGAGUCAUCAGAGAAAGCAGACCCUCUGUGAGAAGGACGCCUCCUUUGCCAGGGCUUCCGAACGAGGCUGCCCACUCCAGGAGCCCGUCCCCAGGCCUGACUCCCUCCGGGUCUGGGGGCUACAAGGCCAAG